AAAACUAACCCAAAAUACCAAAACCUCUUUCUCUUUCAGAUAACUACGCACACAACCCUAUAUAAACAUCAGCUCAAAUCUCCUACCAAGCCUAAUCUUCAAGGUAAAAACUCAAACAAUGCAUCCCUACACUCUUUCCUCUUCUCCCAUGACUGGUUGUUGGACUCGCUGUGAUGAUAAGCUCUUUGAAGAGGCUUUGGUUCGUUUUGAGGAGGAAUCACCUGAUCGGUGGAAGAAAAUUGCUAAUUAUAUAAGAAAAUCUGUGCAAGAAGUGACACAACAUUAUGAGGAUCUGGUUCAUGAUGUUAUUGAGAUUGAUUCAGGACGCGUAGAGUUACCCAGUUACAAUGAUGAUUUCAUUGACUCAACGUCAAAUCAGAUUUCCUUUGGCAAUAAAACGAAGCUGGGCGAGACUGAAAGGAAGAAAGGAACGCCGUGGACGGAAGAAGAACACAGGAAAUUUUUAAUUGGACUAAAAAGAUUUGGCAAGGGUGAUUGGAGAAGCAUUUCCAGGAAUGUUGUGGUGACAAGAACACCAACGCAAGUGGCUAGUCAUGCCCAAAAGUACUUCCUACGGCAAAAUUCUGUGAAGAAAGAGAGAAAAAGGUCAAGCAUCCAUGAUAUCACCACCAUCGAUAACAACUCGAGUGUUGUGCCUGUCAAUCAAAAUUGGAUCCCUCCUCCAAGUGCUCCAAUUGCUCCAAUUCACCAACCCUCUGUUUUUCAUGAUAUGCCCCUAGCAAGCCAUAUGCCAAACCAAGGAGGUUCAAUGGGGUAUCAAAACUAUGGCUUCCCUAUGUAGAGUUUCAUUGUAAAAAUGUAAUCUGUAUAUAUUGUAGCUACUUGAUUGAUGUCCAAUUUGUAUAAUUCAUUAGUGUUCUUUUAGUUAUAGCUAAUUAAGAACAAAGUGAAGUGUAUUUAGUAGAUCAUAUACUGACAAUCCUUUGAAAUCUAGAGUGUAGAUUUUAUGAAGUAAAUUCAAUUUAACAACAA